AUGCCACCGCCAUUUCAACUCCAAGAACACUGCUAUCUCUAUCGGUAUUUUGCUUCCAAAGUCCUUCCACGGAUGAACUAUAUGCUUCAACUGGCCCUGGAAUUUUACCCCCUGAUGGGUGCCUUGGUAUCGGUCGCAGGGAUGGAGCUGGCUUCACCGUCGGGCUGGCCGGUCCAUCGAGCAAUAGAGAGCUAUAUUCAAACCAUUCAGGGCCUGCAGGAGGUCCUCUCCCGAAAGGAACUCAUUAUAGAAGAUGCUCUUCUGGCGACGGUAGUCACACUGUCCGUGUUUGAGAACUCUCGAAAAGAUGUUCCGCCCAAUGUCAGACCGCAUGUCAUGGCUUCAAGUGCCAUCCUUACGAACCGUCGCCCGCGAUGGCCAAGGUGCCCUCAGGCGCCUGCGGUAUUCGAUCGAAUAUGCGUGGAGUCUUUCGUAUAUCACGCAUCAUUGAUGAUGAUAUUUGAACCAUCCCUUGAUGUACUAUCUGACUCGCAUGAAGCUUCCAAAUUGCAUCUCUACUUCUCUGAUCCGACACACGGCAGCUUGGCAGAGACACAGUCGGCCGUGGCAACACAGCCUAUUCUUCAUGUGCCGUACAAAUUCUUUAUCUUGAUUGCAGAUAUCACCAAGCUGGCUCGUAUCUCAUAUGCGUUGAAUGACAGCGAAAUAUUCAAGUGGAACCAGCUGAACCAUCAAUUCCGCUACUGGGCCGACUGUAUGCGAGCAAGUGAAGAGGUCGUGGAAACUCUAUUUGUUCUAGCUAUGGAAAUUUUGCUUUCAAAAAUGAACCCUUUCCUAUUCCCCGAGGAGAUCGAGAGAGUGAUCGAGGCCUGUUUUGAACAAGCCUCUCAACUUAUUCCUCUUUUGGAUACAAGUUCUCAUUUCACGAGCUUUCUCCUCUGGCCGUUGACUAUUUUGGGGGCUGUGGCCUACCGUCCGUGCGAGAAAGACCUGAUGCAGAAGUCGAUAUCGCAUUUAACCACGGCACAAUCUGGAGGCCAGGCGGUAUGGGUUUUGCGAAGACUUCAAAAUAUCUGGCCCUGUGAAAGAGAUUCUGAGACCGGUGAUUGUCGGCGAUACAGGACUAUGGGGCUGCAGGCGCUAUUGAAUGGAACAACAUGA